UGCUGUUCCUUUCUGUUCCUCAUCUGCAGCCACAUCAGAGUUAGUGUUUUUUUUUAGGUAGCUGUGACUCAUGAAUGAGGCCGGCCAUUUGUAUCCAGCCCUCUCCUCCCUGCUUCUCAGUUCUCUCUGAGGACUAUAACUCUCCUGACGAGUCGCUCCAUAAACUUGGAUUUUUGUCACAAUGUUGCGGGUCAUUGUCGAGUCUGCGAGCGGGAUUCCUAAAAAGAAAAUUGGAAACCCAGAUCCAAUUGCUACUAUUCUUUUUGGAGGUGAAAAGAAGAAAACCAAAGCAAUUAACAAUGAGUUGAAUCCAGUUUGGAAUGAAGUCCUUGAGUUUGACCUGAAAGGCUCUCCUUUAGAUGCAUCGUCAUACAUCGAUGUGGUUGUAAAGGACUAUGAAACAAUUGGGAGACAUAAGUUUAUUGGCUGUGCAAAGAUCUCACUGAGAGAUCUGGCCUGUGGUCAAGUGAAGUCCCUGCCAUCUAAAAAUGUGCCUUUGGUCAAUGAGAAACAGCAGAGUGUUGGGGCAACCAUUGAUUUGGUCAUCGGGUAUGAGGCACCAGCUAGUCCAAACCUAAAUGAUCAAAGUAUUCUAGACAUUUCCCACAUGGAAGCUGGAGAUAAUGAGGAGGAUGAUGAGGGAGAGGAAGUCAUGAAUGGAGCCGGUCAGGUUGGAAGUUCAGGAAUGUCUCCUUCAGCAAACCAGCCUGGAAAACCAAGCCAUAAGUCGCACCGUUUUAGCAGAAAGAGACACAACAUUCUGGCAAAUAAGCCUCAAGACUUCCAGAUUCGCAUUCGUGUUAUCGAGGGUCGUCAGCUGCCGGGCAACAACAUAAAGCCAGUGGUAAAAGCGAAUGUUUGUGGACAGACCCACAGGACCAGAAUCAGGAGAGGAAACAACCCUUUCUUUGAUGAGAUGUUUUUCUACAAUAUUAACAUGCUGCCUUCAGAACUUUUUGAUGAGAGCUUCAGUCUUCGACAAACUUUACACUGGCCUUCAACAUGCUUCUCCUUCAGCAGUGGAGUCUUGGGCUGUCAACUAUCACAGGUUUAUGACUCAUUCUCCCUCAGAGCAGACAGUCUGAUUGGAGAGUUUAAGUUGGAUGUUGGAUACAUCUAUGAUGAACCUGGUCAUUCCAUUAUGAGAAAGUGGCUCCUCCUGAGUGAUCCGGAUGAAUCCGGCAGAGGGGCCAGAGGAUACCUGAAAGUCAGCAUUAAUAUUGUGGGCAAUGGAGAUGAGCCCCCGAGUGAGAGGAGAGAGUUAAAUGAGGAGCAGGAUGACAUAGAGAGUAAUCUUCUGGUGCCAGCUGGAGUCACAAUGCGAUGGGCCACUCUGAGCCUUAAAGUGUAUCGUGCAGAGGAUAUGCCACAGAUGGACGAUGCCUUUGUUCAGACAGUGAAGCAAGUAUUUGGAGGGGAUGGAGAUAAGAAGAACUUGGUUGAUCCAUAUUUGGAAGUCAGCUUUGCUGGAAAGAAGCUUUGCACCAAAAUAAUCGAGAAAAAUGCAAAUCCAGAGUGGAACCAAGUCAUCAAUCUGCAAGUCAAAUUUCCAUCCAUGUGUGAACGCAUCAAGCUGACCAUGUAUGACUGGGAUCGACUAAGCAAGGAUGAUGCCAUAGGAACAACAUUUUUGAAUUUGAGCAAGAUGUCUUAUUCCGGGGGGGAGAUUGAAGUGAGUCCCUCAGCAUCAGAGGGGGGAUUUCUCCCAGCUUUUGGGCCUUCCUAUGUCAACCUGUAUGGAAGCCCCAGAGAGUUCACCGGCCUGCCUGACCCUUAUGAAGAACUCAACUUUGGGAAUGGAGAAGGAGUUGCCUAUAGGGGGAGGGUCCUUGUUGAACUUUCCACUCAAUUGGAUGGAAAAGUUGAUAAGAAUGUGGAUGUUAUCUGCAGUGAUGAUAUCCUAGUGGCACAGAAAUACCAGCGCAGGAGGAAGUACUCCCUUUGUGCUGUAUUCCACAGUGCGUGCAUGCUACAAGAGCCGGGUGAGCCUAUUCAGUUCGAGGUUAGCAUGGGUAACUAUGGCAACAAGCUGGAUUCCACCUGCAAGCCUCUGGCGUCCACCACCCAGUACAGUUUUGCUGUGUUUGAUGGUAAUCACUACUAUUACCUGCCCUGGGCGGACACAAAGCCAGUUGUUAUUCUCACGUCAUACUGGGAGGACAUCAGCCACCGCCUGGACUCUGUCAAUGUUCUCCUGUUUAUCGCUGACCAACUGGAGUCCCAUCUUACUUCUCUGAAGAAAGAAAUCCAGGCCAAAGGGUCUGAGGCACAUCUGACAGAGGUUCUGCUCAAACUCAUCAACCAUUUGAUCGAGGACAUCAACAACUUCCAGAUUCCAGCACUGGAAGGUAAGCACAACAUCACAACCCUCGAUCUCCAAAUAAAAAGCCUACGUGAAGCUGCUCUAGUCAGUAUCAGAGAGGCAGCCUGUCAGAUGAGAGAAGAGGCCCUAGAUGUCAAGUCAGCUGUUGGGGACAUUGAAGACUGGUUGGACAGAAUUAAGCUGCUUGCAGAUGAGGCUCAGAACAACAUGCCAGAUGUGAUCAUAUGGAUGCUGAGGGGAGAGAAGCGAGUGGCAUACGCCCGAGUCCCAGUCCACCAGAUCCUGUAUUCUAACUAUAGUGAGCAGGCGUGUGGCAAACACUGUGGAAAGACUCAGACCAUCUUUUUGCAGUACCCCAUGGACAAAAACAAAGGAGUUAAAAUCCCCGUUCAGUUGCGGGUCAACAUGUGGCUAGGCCUCUCUGCUCACGAGAAGAAAUUCAACAGCUUCUCAGAGGGAAACUUCAGUGUGUAUGCUGAAAUGUAUGAGAACCAGGCUCAGGUGUUUGGGAAGUGGGGAACCACUGGCUUGGUGGGUCGCCACAAGUUCUCGGACGUGACUGGAAAAGUUAAACUUAAACAAGAGCGCUUUCUGCCUCCACGAGGAUGGGAAUGGGAGGGGGACUGGUUUGUUGACCCAGAGCGAUGCCUGUUGACAGAAGCUGACGCAGGACACACAGAGUUCACAGAUGAGGUUUUUCAGAACCAAACACGUUUUCCAGGUGGAGAGUGGAAACCUGCUGCGGAGCCUUACACAGACGUGAAUGGAGAAAAGGCCCAGAGUCCUGGGGAGUUUGAAUGUCCACCUGGUUGGAGCUGGGAGGAUGCCUGGAGCUUUGACAGCGAUCGAGCUGUUGAUGAGAAAGGUUGGGAAUAUGGAGUGACAAUCCCCCCUGAUGAUAAACCCAAAUCCUGGGCUGCAGCAGAGAAGAUGUACCAUAAUCACCGCCGGAUGAGACUAACACGAAAAAGAAGGAAGAUUUCUGAUAAAGUUACUGCAGCUGAGAAAAGAGAACCAGGGGAAGGCUGGGAAUACUCUUCUCUGAUUGGCUGGAAGUUUCACAGAAAGGAGCGAUCCUCUGACACAUUUCGGCGCCGGCACUGGAGGAGAAAGAUGAUCCCUUCGGACUGCAUUGGAGCCUCCGCCGUCUUCAAACUCGAGGGAGCACUAGGGAUUGAUGUCGAGGAAAAGGCCAGUAAAACGGAUGCAGCCAAACCAUUUGGUGCCAACACACCCACUGUUUCCUGCCACUUUAGCCGUUCCUACCUUUACCACCUUAGGGUGUACGUUUACCAUGGAAGAAAUCUCUGUGCAAUGGACAAAAACAGCUUCUCAGAUCCCUACGUCCAUGUGUCAUUUCUGCAUGUGAGCAAGACUACAGAAGUCAUUAGAACCACACUGAACCCCACAUGGGACCAAACGCUCAUCUUUGAGGACAUUGAAAUAUUUGGAGACCCACAGACAAUAGCCUGCAACCCUCCAGAUGUGGUCUUUGAGCUGUAUGACAACGAUCAAGUGGGCAAGGAUGAACCGAUGGGUCGCUGCAUGUGCCCCCCUGUGGUAAAACUUCCAAGUAAAAGCCCCAGUGUGUCUGCCAGUUUGAAACUGCAGUGGUUUCCAGUCACCAAAAAAGGUUGUGGUGCUGGAGAGGUGCUUGUUGCUGCUGAGCUCAUACUAAAAGAGAAGGGCGAUGAUAGUGAUCUUCCUCUGGUGCCUCCUCGGCGGGGGGAGAAGCUCUACAUGGUUCCUCAGGGAAUCAGGCCAGUAGUUCAGCUAACAGCAAUUGAGAUUCUGACUUGGGGCUUGAGGAACAUGAAGACCUUCCAACUGGCCACAGUGUCCUCUCCCAGUCUGAUAGUGGAAUGUGGUGGGGAGAUGGUUCAAACGGCUGUAAUCAAAAACUUCAAAAAGCACCCAAACUUUCCUGGAUCUGUGCUGCUCCUCAAAGUGCUCCUGCCUAAAGAAGAGAUGUACGCCCCUCCCAUUAUACUGAAAGUAAUUGACCACAGACCAUUUGGCAGAAAACCAGUCGUGGGUCAGUGCACCAUUGACUGUCUGGAACAGUUCCGCUGUGAUCCAUACCGCCCUAACAGUGAUGUCUGCAUGUCAGCCCGAGUGGUCAUGAUAACUGCUGCCCAAGGAGAUGUUGUUUUAGACAUUGAGGAAGGGUUCAUUUUCAAAAAGCAGCCUCAAGCAGCAAAGGAGGAGGCAGUAGACUGGUGGAGUAAGUUCUAUGCCUCUGUUGGAGACCAUGAAAGAUGCGGACCUUACCUUAAACUGGGAUACGACACACUGCAGGUUUACAACACUGAAUUAGAAAAGGUCCCAGAGUUCCAGGGGCUGACUGAUUUCUGCAGCACUUUCAAGCUUUAUCGUGGAAAGACUGAAGAUGAGGAGGAAGAUCCCUCCGUGGUGGGAGAGUUUAAGGGUUCUUUCAGGAUUUACCCUUUGUCUGAUGACCCAGGGGAGCGUGCUCCGCCUCUCCAGUUCAGAGAGCGUCCUGAGCUCGGACCGCAGGAGUGCCUGGUCAGAAUAUAUGUGGUGCGUGGCAUUGACCUCCAACCGAAGGAUACCAAUGGCCUGUGUGACCCGUACAUUAAGAUUAUGCUUGGGAGGAAAACACUUGAUGACAGGGAUAGCUACAAACCAAACACCCUCAAUCCAGAAUUUGGAAGGAUGUUUGAGCUGUCCUGCUUCCUGCCUCUGGAAAAGGAUCUGAAGAUCGCCGUGUUUGACUUUGACUUACUGAGUAGAGAUGAAAAGGUUGGUGAAACCAUCAUCGACUUGGAGAACAGGUUCCUGUCUUGUUUCAGGUCCUGCUGUGGGCUGCCACAGACAUACUGUGUGUCUGGAAUAAAUCAGUGGAGAGAUCAAUUGAGACCUUCCCAAAUCCUCCAAAAUGUUGCUAAAGAAAAAGGCGUUCCUCUUCCACACAUAGAAGAAAAUGGAAACUUUCUGUCUUUCGCUGGAAAACAAUACAAACUGCAAGAUUUUGAGGCAAACAUUGUGAUCCACCAACACUCGGGACCAGCCAGAGAGAGAUUGGCCCUGCAUGUCCUCAGACAACAGGGAUUUGUACCAGAACAUGUAGAGACCAGAACCCUGCACAGUUCACACCAACCCAAUUUGCCUCAAGGACGGAUUCAAUUGUGGGUAGAUAUUUUCCCUAAGAAUCAGGGACUGCCUGGACCUCCAUGUGUUAUUACUCCUCGCAAACCCAGAAAACACUUCCUCCGAGCCAUCGUUUGGAACACGACUGAGGUCAUUCUGGAUGAAACCAGUAUCACUGGAGAAAACAUGAGCGAUAUCUAUGUUAAAGGUUGGAUGCCAGGAAUGGAAGAGGACAAGCAGAAGACCGAUGUCCAUUACAGAUCUCUGGAUGGAGAUGGAAAUUUCAACUGGAGGUUUAUCUUUGGGUUUGACUAUCUGCCUGCAGAGCAGCUGUGUGUUGCCACAACGAAAGAACAUUUUUGGAAUCUGGACAAAACAGAGCACAGAUUUCCUCCUAAACUUGCCAUCCAGAUAUGGGACAAUGACAAAUUCUCACUUGAUGACUAUUUAGGUUCAGUUGAGCUUGACCUGCUAAAUUUGAUUCCUCCUGCCAAGACGCCAGAAAAGUGCAGCCUGAAGAUGCUUUCAGGAAAGAUGGGAUCUGUCUCAUCCUCACUUUUCUCCCAGAAGUCCGUACGGGGCUGGUGGCCAUGUGCGAUUGAGCAAGAUGGGAAACAUGUGCUUGGUGGCAAAGUGGAGAUGACGCUGGAAAUCGUGGAAGAAAAGGAAAUGGAGGAAAGACCUGCUGGAAAAGGCAGAGAUGAACCAAAUAUGAAUCCAAAACUGGAACCACCUAACCGCCCUGAUACAUCAUUUUUCUGGUUUACAAAUCCUUGCAAGACCAUGAAGUUCAUUGUAUGGCGCAGAUUCAAAUGGGUUUUCCUUGGAGUGAUUCUCCUUCUGCUGGUUGUCCUGUUCCUUGGGAUCAUGUUCUAUUCCCUUCCUAAUUACAUCUCGAUGAAGAUCGUGAAGCCUUUCUCUUAAAAGAAAAAUAAAAAGAAAUGCAUUUCUGCUGAAAAGCCUACAGUCAUGGUCACAGUUAUUCAUAAUAUCCAAUAACCUGCAUAUAAACCAUUCUCAUGUUACAGGUAUUUCUACAAAAUCAAAUGUUAUCCAUAAGUUGAAAUUUGAAAAUCGUUUUUUUCUCUUUUAUAUAUGCAUUUUUAUAUUUUUUAAAAAUUUUUAAAGUUUGGUUUCUUUUCUAUUGUUACAAUUAAUAAAUUACAAACAUUCACAAAGACA